UGACAGCAGCUUCAGACAGGUGCUGUGGCUGGCUGGAAGGUCGCUGCUCCCCAGUCCUGUACCUCAUAUUCUUUUUUUUUGUGAUCAACUAUUUAUUGUUUGUAUAAGGAGCACCAUCACAGUCACAAAACUAAUACAAUGCAAAUAGUAAUACAACAGUUUCUUUGCCCACUCCACACCUCCAGUUCGUAGCACAGGCUUUCUGUUACACAUUUAAAGUCUUAAUAAUUAUUGUAAUAAUUAUUGCAAAAAAUAUAAAGGUGAAGUUGUUUAUGUGGCUUCUGUGAAAAAAAAGUUGAAUAAUUUAUUGCAUAGCCAUCCUGUACUUAACAGGCAAUGCAAAAUAAUUUGGUUAUAUAAUUUGUUAACCAUUUGAUGUAAAGAGUCAAGACAGCCUGUCUCAUUCAGAUUAUUUCUCUGUUGCUGUGCCCAUAGUGCAGGCUAACAGUUACAUGGCCCUAGAACUGCAAAUGCCAUGCCAUGGUUGGGUUGAGAACACAAAGGCUAUGGGGUAUGAUGUUCCUCUGUGCAUGAAUGAUGUUGGUUUCUGUAGCUGGCCUACGGCAAACUCACAAACAGUCUGAAGCCUUGGCCUAUUAGAUGCUUCGAAAACAAUCAAGAAAUGCACAGGGCCUUGGGUUACAUGGAUCGAGGGGGCUGUGACUUACAGCAAAGAUACCACACAUUAGAUAUCAAAACAUGAUAAUGUGGUGAAAUUGAGAAUCUUGGUACAAGGUGGGGACCGUCAUGUGCAGGUGGACAUUUGCAAUAGGUCAAGUGGAGGGCUGUUUGUCAAGAGAAAGAGCAGACUGUCUGGAGAAACUGCUUAGCAGGGCGAGUGCAUCUUAUUCCAGAGGGAGGGUAGGCUAUUGCACAAUGUGUAAGCAGCAUGGAACAGUGUUGCAGGGCAUUCAAACCCAUGGCCUAAAAACUCUCUUUGGUUUUAUGUCUUGCAUUAUUCAUCAUGGUUGUGAAUGACUCUGAUUAAAUUUUUCUUGCUGUAUAAGCAAAUAGUCUCCUAACACUUGCUCAUUAUGGUUGUCAUUAUUGUUAUCACUAUCAUUAACAUUGCACCCCAUGGUCGCACCUCUUGACCAUUCCUUUUAUGUCUAUUCAUGUGGUGCGGUGUUCAGUGUCUGUCUUUGUGACUCAGGGACAAGAGAAUGGAAGUUAUUGGCGCACAUGUGCUUUGCAUUGCAUUCGCCGGAGGAUAAAGCGCUUGUUCUUGAAUUGUUUAGAUGCAGCUUUGAAUGGACAACAAGGUGUAAAACUGUUUGAGUUAACAAAACAACACUGUCAUUUCCUGCACGUCGACAGCAUGGUCAUAUAGUGAGGGUGUUCGUGUGUGUUGGCGCGCGCAUCAUGUGUAUGCCCGCGUGCGUGCUGCUGAGUCAGGCGCGACCACUCUCUGUUCAGUCGUUGCUCGCACGCGCUCGCUCUCUCUCUCUCUCUCUCUCCCUCCAGUUGUUCUUUGCCAGUGAGACUUUGUUUUAUCCGCCGACGUCAUUCAUAUGGUCUGGACACCGAGGCGCGAGGCUGCUCUCUCCUCGUCGUUAGUUGUGUUUCCUACCGACUGGCAACUUGUUUGUCUGUUAGCGCAUUGGCUGCCCAUGGGCGCUGCUGUUCACACACUCUCCGGCUGGGCUGUCCGGUGCGCCUCUACGGUCGGUUCGGGACGGUAUCGGGUUCCGCUUUUAUGAAUGAAUAACGAGACGGGGAAAUGCGAGUGACUGCGAAACUCCCCAGCAGCCGGGCUCCCGGGGGGGCAGCCACCGAUGAGAGGGAUUAACGACGGAGCGGAGCCGCGGCUCAUUGCGGAAAAGCCGAGUCUGGUGACUGCAGACUGGCGUGGAAACGCGCCGUGAGGGAAACGGGCUCCAUAGCGUAGAACAGCGGAACAAAACCGCGGUGACCACAAUGUCCAUCCACAUUGUGGCUCUGGGCAGCGAGUGCCCCGGCGGAGUCGGGCCCGGGGAGGAGAUCAUGGGCCAGGGACAGCUGCAGGGAGGCCUGCUGUGGAGCUACCUGGGUCACGGAGCGCUGGUGGGACCCUGCGACUUGGAGAGCAGCCUACACAACCCGGCCUUCAUGGAGUACACCUCACGUGUGUUUGGAGAUGUCACUGUAGUGGUUCGGGAUUGCCCCAGCUGGGACUUGUUGGACAGCGAUUGGGCCAGCGUACGGAAAGUUCUUGAGCAGGCGGACAUCCUGGUCAUUAAAUAUUCAGUCACUGACAAGCUGGCCUUCCAGCAGGUCAGGAACGGCUACGCCCCGAGACUCCGUCCGCUCCUGAGGCACUGGGGUGUGCCUGUCAUCCUGGUCGCUGUAGGAGCACGGCUGAACGAUGAAGGCCCUCCCUGUACGUGCCCGCUGUGUGCGUCUGACUGGAGCAGCUGUGUGCCUCACAGUGAAGGUCUGCAGCUGUCCCGGGACCUAGGGGCCACCUACCUGGAGUUGCCCUCUCUCAACCACGUCUUUGUGGGUCGCUACUUCGGCAGCGUGCUGGAGUAUUUCAUGAUUCAGUGUCUGAAACACAAAGCCAAAGAGAGGCCAGAGAAGAGGCGAGGAAAUAAAGUGAACGAGCUUCGUCCCCCUCAUUUAGAACAACCAGCACGUCUUCCCCCUAUCCGAGUAGAGGAGUCCAGCUUCUCCCAGGACAUGCAGUGGUUGUUAGAGCGUGGUGUGCAGUUCGCCGAUGUGGCUUUCUACGCCGGGGACUCUGGGAAAGAGCUGGGGUGGGCACACGCGGCUGUGCUGUGUGCUGUCAGCCCGUACUUCAGACAGCUGCUCCUGGGGCCCAAGACCAGAGAACGUCCCCAGUCGCGGUGUGCUUGCAGAGAGCGGGAUGGAGGCCCCCAUUCGCUUCUCUCCACCUGGGACGGGGGGAUUAUCGAUGACAUGCCACGAUCAGAAGGGCACCUGACAGGACGCCUCUCUCGUCUGGUGGUGAAGGACCCUCUCCUGUGUAUGUGCUUGUGGGAGACUUUAAUGUUCAUUUACAGAGGAGCGUGGGAGUGGGACCACCUUCAGGAGGCCCUGGAGGAGAAGCUGAAGAAUUCGCUAGCUGUGGCUCAGCUUAUGGAGCGCAUACGAUCCCUCAUCGGCAGAGACAGGGGCCCCAGGGACACCCCGAGUGCUCGGGCGGCUCAGCUUGGCCCCCAGACUCUUGUCAACCUCUUCAAUUCUCCUCUUUACUCUGAUGUCAUCUUCAUGGUGCAAGGGAGUGUAUUGCCAGCCCACCGGGCAGUGCUGGUGGCACGCUGUGACGUCAUGGCGGCCAUGUUCAGUGGGAAGUAUGCAGAGGCCCGGAGCAGAGUGGUGCCCAUCCACGGUGUCUCCUCAGAUACCUUCCUGUCUUUCCUGGAGUACCUCUACACUGACUCCUGCUGUCCUGCCAGUGUGCUGCAGGCCAUGGCUGUGCUGGUCUGCGCCGAGAUGUACCAGGUGAAACGUCUGCAGCAUCUGUGUGAAGUGUGUGUGUGUGCUUACCUUCAGAGCAUGCCCAGUAGAGAGCUGUCAUCUACAGGUAUCAGCGUGAUUCGAUUACUCCGCCGAGCAAAGUGCCACAAUGCAGAGCAGCUGUAUGUCUGGCUCCUCCACUUCAUUGCCAACAACUACCUGAUCUUCAGUCACAAACCUGACUUCCUGGAGCUCUCAGAGGAGGAGCGUGAGCAGGUGGAGAGGCUACGCUGGCCAUCCAGAGGCUACCUGCAGGAGCUCAGCGAGUACCAGCAGCGGCGACGCAAACUACGCAAGUCCCGCUGCAUAGUCAUGUGACCCCACCUGGAUGCCAAAAACCUGUGGAAAACGGGGAGGGGAGAGCAGUGGGUGGAGACCAGGGAGAAAAUUAUGACAAAGAGUGAGACUGGUCAUCAACACUUGGAGAAACAGACACAGGAAAGAGUUUUUUUUUUUUGUUUGUCCUACUAGAUGAAUAAAUCUGUGGGACACAGAGAAAAACGUCUUAAGACUCCUUAACCAAUAGGACAACUUCGUUGAGCAGUGACAUACACCACUGUGACACGCCUCUCUUCCCCCCGAGGAAUGACUGUGCAUCCUUUGCAUAAUGACUAUUCCAUCAUGGGCAAUACAAAAUGACUGAUCCUUAAAACCCAAUAUGAAUUUAAAAUGACUGGCUGGCCACUGGCCAGAGGCUCUGUGAAAGAUUAUAUUUUGAUUGGCGGAUGCAAAAUUUCAAAGAUGAACAGUGACAUAAAAUGUCUCCAUUAUGAGUACCAAUAUAUCAAAUGACCACACAUCUGUUGGAAGACAGCAGAAUCACGUGCAGACUGUUUCAAAUAACAGUAACAGGUAAUGUGACUUCAGGUUGAAAAAGCAGGAAGGAAACUGUGCUGAAGAGUUUUCUUCUCUACUCGACACCUGGGGAUGUCUUUGUAUCUUCUGUACCCUGGACACACGACUGCUCUGUCUUAAAUUAAACCUUGGCCCACAAUGCAUCUGUGCCCUGUCGGAUCUAAAUUGUGAACGUGUGCAUGUGCAGCAUUUCUUAAGCUGAAAUAACUCUUGAGCCUCUAACUUCUUUGUGGCUCGAUCAGUAUUUCAGCCGAGCGGUGACCUACAUUAACACCGAGAGAGGAAAGCAACUGGUAAUGCUGCUGGUAGCACAGUCAUGCUCAUUUUCAUCUGUAUUCUGACAGAAACUCAGUUUAACAAACGAGCAGGACCAAUUUAAUUACAAUUCUUUUAUUAGAUUCUUUCAGAUCUACGAAGCAACAUCAGUGAGUGACUCAGAGGCGGACUGAUUUUAUUACCAUGUGAGAUGGAAUACAUUUUGGUCGUAGUCUGUGUCAAAUGAGGCCAUCUCACUUUCAUCAAGAAAUGGCUUGAAAUUAAAUCUUCAAAUUAAACUACACAUAGCCUGUAUCAAAAUCAAGUGCUCUGUACUCCAAAUCCAGAACAAUAAUCAAUGUAUUUUUAAAUUGAAAGCCUGUGAGCUGGACUUUUACACCAUUUCCUUUGCAGGUUAAUAUGAAAUACUGUUGAAACUAUUCCUUAUCUAUUUGCAAUAACAAAUAAUAAUGGUCUGUCUGUCACAUAAAAAAGCAAAAGCCUUUUGUAGCAAUUACGUGUACAGAAGCGGUAUAAAGAUUUAGGGAAAAACAACCAUAUCAUGAACAUAAGUUGGUACACUAAAAACCACAAUGCCUCUGGGUGGAUACACAGUGUUUAUUUUAUCCUAUUUUUUAAUUUGAGAGGUUGUUUUUAAUCAUAAUGAGAUUAUGAUUUAUUGGUGCUGCAAUUAUUUUUGUAAACUACAAUGUAUGUGGACAUGAUUAUGACAUUAUGAUUUUUUUUUUUAACAUUGGAGUAGAGACAACUGGGUCACACUAUUUUACAGUCUACUGUUUCACUGGUAUUUACUUAAAAGGUGCAUGAUUACAAAAAAACUGGGGGACAGGAAGACAGAACAACUUAAUUUGCCAGAUAAAGCGUCACCAAAAUGCAGCCAAAAAAUAAAAAAUAAACUGACAUUUUACAGCUAUUUUUUAUUCAGUGGAUCAAUAUCGGUCAAUAACAGUCAUCAAACAGUGUGUAACUGUAUUUGUAUCCAGUUCUUGCAGUAUUUUAGCAGAGGUGUAGCAGCAGGCUGUGUAUAUAGUACAAGACAGCUACCACUGUGACCACACAUCAAAGUGUGUGUCUACUGAGAAAUCCUCAGAUAAAUCCCAGUCUACUCUGAAAAACAAAAUCAGUAACUAACAGUUGAAAAACUGGACUGUAAAACAAAGCGUACUCAGUGCUGCAUCCACAUCCAGAGUAUGGAGACACACAUGUGGUGCCAGUGUUGUACAGACUGUAGAUAACAUGACGUCUGACUUUAAAUAAAGACAUGUUUUAGAAUGAA